UUCUGAUAUUAUCGAAAUGAAGAAAUUUCUAGACAAUAUUGAAGGUGGUAUUACAUAUAUGAUGAAUCAUACCACCGUUUUACAUGUUCAAAAUAAUAAAAAGAUCGCCGUUAAAUUUAAUAAUAUUGAACAGAAUGACAAAAUUAUUAAACAAAAUAACGAACUCUUAGAAUACAAGGCGGGCAAGGACAAACGUGAACUUAAUUUUACUCCGCUUAACGGGGAAAUUGAUAAUAUUCGUUAUCUGAAUGAAACCACCAAUGAAACCUCAAAAUUUGAAACUGAAUCUAAUAUUAUUGGACAAAUUGAAGCUUCGAAAUUGAAAGAUGCUGCGGAACCCAACAGGCGCAAAGUGGAGAUUUUGCAUCAUGAUAUUAGGUGUGAGAACGUGUUAAUUACCGAAAAAAUGCAACCCAAACUAUGCAAUUUCAAAUUCUCUCGUGAAUUUAAUGCUACCACCAGUCCAAUUGAUGAUAUGAAAGAUAUUAUACAUUGGUUGGCUCCUGAAAAACUAGAACAUAUAUCUCCGGAUAAAAAUUCGAAAGCGAAUAAAGCUCGUAGUUAUACCAUUCAAUGUGAUAUUUUCAGCUUUGUGAUGCUUCUUUGGGAACUUGGCUUUCAGAAAAAGCCAUAUGAAAACAUGAGCAUGUCUGAAAUACAAAAGCAUGUUCAAAAAGGUGAUCGAGAAACUAUAUCGUGUCUUGAUCCAAUUCAAACAGAGUAUUGUGAAAUUAUUCAACUUGGUUGGGUACAAGAACCAUCAUUACGUCCAGGAAUUCAACAAAUUUUCAAUAUGCUACAAAGAUUAUAUGAAAAACAUGUCUUAAAGAGUUCUGAUGAGGAUAUACCAAAUUUCUCAAUUUCGGAUCAUAAUUCUAUUAUACCAUUAACUCCAUUCACUCCAUUCAAAGAAGGUUUGUUGGCUCAUAAAAGACAAAAAUAUGAUACGGCUUGGAAAUGUUUUGAAGAGCAUGCAAAUGUUGGGGAUAUGUCGGCGAAAUACUGGCAAG